GGGGGUGGUAACCCCUCCAAAGUUACGAAGGCCUCUGGUGCGAGGGGCCCUCGGGCCGGGCUGACCUUUUCCAAGGGCGGCGUGGCAAUCACCGGUUCGGGACGCAAGAAGCGCAAGAACUACCCCGUUUCGUGGGGGUGCCCGACGGACAAGAUGAAGAUGAAGAAGCGCGUCCUCUGCGUCUACGACGGGCCGCGGCGUCUCUGGAAAGACGACAUGAUGCUCGACCAGGAGUUUGAGGUCCGCCUGAAGCUGCCCGACGGCAAGUCUUACGUGACGGACCUGGACGUGCAGACGCUGAAGCGCGCGGAUGCGCUGCACGAUGCGACGCCCGAAGAGAAGGGCCCGUGGACGCCCGACAACAUCAUCGGCGGCCCGCAUCAUCCCCAUGUCACGGCCGAACUCCAACACCAGCAGUAUUUGAUUUGA